GCUCUCACUAUAUCUAUACGGGAAGGAGAAUUAAACGAUGGCCUCUACGAUCUCCUCCCAAGUCCAUGCAACUUACUCUCCUUCUCUGAGUCAGAACGAGGAGGGAGUGCAUCACUCCAUUCGUAUAAUCACUCCACCUGCGACGGAAACACAGCCGGAGUCCAUCGACUACACCAGAAGAGGACAAUGGCUCCGUGCCGCCGUCCUGGGAGCCAACGAUGGCCUGGUCUCGGUCGCCUCCCUCAUGAUAGGCGUCGGCGCCGUGAACCAGGCGUCCAAGGCCAUGCUCGUGUCCGGUCUGGCCGGACUGGUAGCCGGCGCAUGCAGCAUGGCCAUCGGCGAGUUCGUGUCGGUCUACGCCCAGUAUGACAUCGAGGUGGCUCAGAUGAAGAGGGAGGAGGAAGUGAAAGGGGUGGAAGAGGCGAGCGAGGAGAAGAGACGGAGGCUGCCGAGCCCGUUCCAGGCGGCAGCGGCUUCGGCCUUGGCUUUCGGGGCGGGAGCGCUUCUGCCUCUGCUGGCGGGCGGCUUCGUGAAGCCUUGGGGGAUCAGGAUCGCGGUGGUGUGUGCGGUGACGAGCUUGGGAUUGGCGGGAUUCGGAGCAGCCGGUGCGCUGUUAGGCGGAGCGAGCCUUCGGAAGUCUUCCAUUAGGGUGCUGGUUGGAGGGUGGAUGGCCAUGGCCGCGUGCUAUGGUGUACUGAGGCUCUUCGGACUUGCUUUUGGAACGGAGACUGCCUCUGUCUAAAGUCCAUAUUUAUAAGAUACAGGAAUACUAUUUAUGUACUCGCAGAUCGGCGUGUGUACAUGUAAUUUAGUUGUGUGUAGAAGAUAAGAAGAAAAUAUUGUGGGAGAUGGU